AUGUCGACGUUUGGAUCGCCUGGUGGGAGGAACGCUUUCUCGAAGCCCAUACCGCCGGAACGAGGCAGUUUCCCGCUGGAUCAUGAGGCUGAAUGCCAGCCGAUCAUGAAGGACUAUCUCCAGUGCUUGAGGAGCCAUCGCGGUGUGAACGAGGAUGCGUGCAGGCAGUUGAGCAAGAACUACUUACAGUGUCGUAUGGAGAGGAACCUCAUGGCCCCCGACUCGAUGAAGAACCUCGGCUUCCAGGAAGCACCAGACGCAGCAAAAACCACAGAGGCAAAAACCAACAGCUGGAAAGAAGGUCCCGAUGCGACCAAGAAUGGGAAAGAGACGAAGUGA